GACCUGCUUGGCUGGUCGCGGAAGGACCUCUGCAGUGAAUUCGGCAUUGGCAGACCUCAGCAGGCCAGCACCUUCGACUGGACCCAUGAGGCUGUGGCCAGGGAGAGAGACUGGCCUGGUGAGACAGAGCGGGACCGGGAAUUCGGGACCAAAUCAAGCUGGGACAGCACCCGCAGCGUCAGGGAUGGAGACCGGCAGGGUGGGCCCAGGAAGGCCUGGGGCAGCGACUACAAAGGGACGGAGCUGAUGGGGGAAACGCGACUGGGCUGCAGCGACUGGUCCAAAUCCCACGGCGUAGGGGAAAGCUGCCUGCAAGAUCGAGACUUCGGUGCCGGCAAACCCAAGUGGGGCACAGGCUAUGGCUGGGACAGUGCGGGCAGCAGGGAGGAGAUCGGCUCCGGGAAGGCUGACUGGAGCAGCAGCUACAGCGUGGGACAUGGCCAGCAGCCGGAUGAGGAGCCGAGCUCCAGGCAGCCCAGCUGGGCUGGCGGCUACAGCUCUGGUGACCCAGAGAGCCAGGAUGGGGAGAUCACACCUGCGUGGGCUGGUGAAUAUGGCACCAGCGAUGCAGAGAUGAAGGACAGGGAGCUCACCCCAGACUGGGCCCAUAAAUACAGCAGCAGGGAUGCUGAGACCAAGGACAAGGAUUUGACGCUGGGCUGGGCUGGCAGAUCCAGCACUGGGGACACUGGGACCCCAGACAAGGAGUUCAGCCCCAGCAGGCCAGCCUGGGACAGCCCAUACAGCACCCACGACAUGGAGAGCCAGGACAGGGAGUUCAGCCCCAGCAGACCGGCCUGGGAUGACGAGCACAGUACCAGGGACAUGGAGACACGGGAUGGGGAGUUCAAACCCAGCAGACCGGCCUGGGCUGAUGAGCACAGCACCAGGGAGGUGGAGACCCGGGACAGAGAGUUCAGCCCCAGCAGACCGGCCUGGGAUGACGAGCACAGUACCAGGGACAUGGAGACACGGGAUGGGGAGUUCAAACCCAGCAGACCGGCCUGGGCUGAUGAGCACAGCACCAGGGAGGUGGAGACCCGGGACAGGGAGUUCAGCCCCAGCAGACCGGCCUGGGCCAGUGAGUACAGCAGCAGAGAGAUGGAGACCCAGGACAGCGGGUUCACCCCCAGCAAACCAGCCUGGGAUGACGAGUACAGCACCAGGGACGUGGAGACCCAGGACAGGGAGUUCAGCCCCAACAGACCGGCCUGGGCCAGCGAGUACAGCUCUACGAACACUGAAAAGGAAGAAAGAGAGUUUAGUCCUGGCCGGCUGAGCUGGGCUGGCGAGCGCGGCAUUGGCCAAACCGAGCUGGCCGAUGCUUUUGGCAUCAGGAAAGACGACUUGCCUGGCUCCUGUGCCCCCGAUCCCCCAGCCCAGGAGCCCUGCUGGGGCAGCACCAACGGGCAGGAGCGCGGUGCCAGCGAUAGCAGGGACUGGGCUGAAGAGCUUAGAGGAGCCGAGUGCCACAACCAGUUUGGCAUCAUUGGGACAGAGCGGGUGCCAGAUCCCUCCAGCGCUGGAGCGUCAUCAGAUCGCUCGAUGUCCUGGGCUGGAAUGAGGUCUGGGGGCCUGCAGGAGCCCCUGGGGGACUGGCACAGGGAUCUCCCCUUCGGCAGCUCAGAUGCCACCAGCUGCGUGGGCACUGGUGAUGCUGGUGGGGUUGGACCGGGCCAGACGGCUUGGGAUCAGGGCCUGGGCAGCCUCCCUGCUGCGGACAGCUCUUCCCAGCCCCAGGAGGCUGGCGUGGAAGAGGCAGGCUGGAGCCAGGACCUCGACACAGCUGGCUGGAGUGUGGAGCUGUGCGACGCCGAGGCCAAGCGCCGGGAGUGGGCUAGUGCAUUCGGCGCCCGCUGCGCAGCCCGGAGCCGGGACUUUGGUGCUCGGGAGCAGAGCCUGGGAGAUGACGCCGGCUCGGCGGACGGUGCCUUCCCGCACCCUGGCUGGCCCUCCCGCCCCCUCGCUCGCCCUGAUCCUCCUCCUCCUCCUGCCUUUGGGGGCCCCUUGGUCACCUCCUGGGGGCUGGUGACCCCACUGGGGGCUGCAGAGUCCCCCCGGAGCAAGCCGCCCAGCCCCACCGAGGAGGAGAGGGACCUCCCUGAGCUGGCUGCUGCCCCGCGGAGCCCCAGGGCCUCCCCUUUGCUGCCAGAGGCUGCCGGCGGGACCCUGCCAGAUGCGGAGAGUGAAGAGGCUCCCUUGGACCACCUGGAUGGGAAGAGACCACCAAGCUGGGAGGAGAAGCGGCUCUUCCUGGGUGCCCCUCAGCCCGAGGGACCCACGGACCACGCUGGGCAGGAA